AUGGAGAACAACACAACCAUCUUCCAGGACGCCUCUCGGGUCCUGAAUCUGACCGAAGUGCCUCUGAACCCCCUGGAAGAACAAGUCAUCACGAUAUUUUUGACCAUGCUCAUCUGUGGGGUCGGGAUAGCUGGGAACGUCAUGGUGGUGCUGGUCGUGCUGCGCACCAAACACAUGGUGACCCCGACUAACUGCUACCUGGUCAGCCUGGCCGUCGCCGACCUCAUCGUGCUCCUGGCCGCCGGCCUGCCCAACAUCUCCGACGUGGUCGCCUUCUGGAUCUACGGCUACACCGGAUGCCUGUUCAUCACUUACUUCCAGUACCUGGGCAUUAACGUGUCCUCCUGCUCCAUCACCGCCUUCACCAUCGAGCGCUACAUCGCCAUCUGCCACUCCAUCAAGGCGCAGUUCAUAUGCACCGUCUCUCGGGCCAAGAGGAUCAUCGCUGGAGUGUGGAUCUUCACCUCCCUCUACUGCACCAUGUGGUUCUUCUUAGUGGACACCGAUGAAACGGUCUACACCAACGGGGUGGUGGUCACCUGCGGCUACAGGGUCUCCAGGAGCCUCUACAUGCCCAUCUAUUUCUUGGACUUCACCUUGUUUUACGUGAUCCCCCUCCUCGUGGCCACCGUGCUGUACGGGCUCAUAGCGAGGAUUCUGUUCAUGAGCCCUCUGCCGUCGCACCUCAACGACCGAGCUGGAGGAGGCUCGGUUCACCAGGGUCACUCCCACAGCACCAACAAGACCAACAAGGGCACCGUGUCUGCCAGGAAGCAGAUCACUAAGAUGCUGGCCGUGGUGGUGGUUCUCUUCGCCCUGCUGUGGAUGCCUUACCGAACGCUGGUGGUGGUCAACUCCUUCAUCGACCCGCCUUACCACAACACCUGGUUCCUGCUCUUCUGCCGCAUGUGCAUCUACAUCAACAGCGCCAUCAACCCCAUCGUUUACAACCUCAUGUCCCAGAAGUUUCGCGUCGCUUUUAAGAAGCUCUGCAAGUGCGGCAGGCGUCACAAAGAGGCCGAGUACGUCGUGCCCAUGUACUACAGCGUGAUGAAGAACUCGUCGCACGGGAGCAACGAGCCCGUCACGGAGCAGGAGGAGGUCGGUGGGCACGCCGCCAGCAGAUUCAAUGAAACGGACUACGAAGCCAGCGUCUCCUAA